AAAGCGUAACAUGUAAGGAUUCGGUGUGAGUCUCUCACCCUCAUGGAAGAGUAUGGACAAGCAUCUCACUCCUCAAGAGGUGCUUUGUAGAACGAUGCAACCAUGUCCCAUCAGCUAGAAUGAUCACUUUGCGGUCAUGCUGUAGAAUGUGCUCCGCUUACGAAGUGGGUUUUCAAAGGUCAGUUCUGUCAUGAAUGCGAUUCAGAGUUCGGGAGAAUCUCAGAAAUGCUUGUGAGCAUAACCUAAAAUUGAUUUCGGCAUUUAGCACCAUACAUGUAGGUGGAAGUGAGAUGCAGUUUGGGUGCCAUUCUUCGAACUUGUGGGGUUUAGGAGAGACAUUUGAGUCCCUGCGCUCCGUGUUGUAGCUCCUCCGCAUUGUCUGUCUUCCUCUGCCGUGGUUGUGUUUCUUCAUGUGCUGGAGUUCUCAGUUGGAGCGCUUCUCACCGCCGACUUAGAUUGUUGUAUGAUUUUUGGAUGGGGCCUGCGUGACGUUUUUUUUUUUUUUUUUUUUUUUUUUUUUCUCUUUCUCUUUAGCGAUUCUGAGAGUGAAACAGCUUUGAGGAUUUUUGUGGGGAGAAGGGUAUUUGAAGGUGGUGAGAGAGAGGUGGGUCUGAAGAAAGCGCGACCAAGAUGCCUCGCGAAAUUAUAACCCUACAGGUGGGACAAUGCGGCAAUCAGAUAGGAAUGGAGUUUUGGAAGCAGCUGUGCUUGGAGCACGGCAUCAGCAAAGAUGGCAUUCUUGAGGACUUUGCUACUCAGGGGGGCGAUCGCAAGGAUGUUUUCUUCUACCAGGCUGACGAUGAGCACUAUAUUCCAAGGGCAUUGCUUAUUGAUUUGGAACCCCGAGUCAUUAAUAGUAUUCAGAACAGUGAAUACCGGAAUCUAUACAAUCACGAGAAUGUGUUUGUUGCGGAUCAUGGUGGAGGAGCUGGAAACAACUGGGCGAGUGGGUACCAUCAGGGAGAACAAGUAGAGGAGGAUAUCAUGGACAUGAUAGACAGGGAGGCUGAUGGAAGUGACAGCCUGGAGGGCUUUGUUCUCUGCCAUUCUAUUGCUGGAGGAACUGGUUCAGGGAUGGGUUCUUAUCUUCUGGAAGCGCUCAACGACCGGUACAGCAAGAAGCUUGUUCAAACUUACAGUGUCUUUCCAAACCAGAUGGAAACUAGUGAUGUAGUUGUUCAACCCUACAAUUCGUUGCUUACCUUGAAGCGCUUGACAUUAAACGCGGAUUGUGUAGUGGUCUUAGACAAUACGGCUUUGAAUCGUAUUGCUGUGGACCGACUUCACAUUCCUAACCCAACGUUUGCUCAGACUAAUUCCCUGGUGUCUACCGUCAUGUCAGCUAGUACCACAACACUCCGUUACCCGGGUUACAUGAAUAAUGAUUUGGUUGGAUUGGUGGCUUCCUUAAUACCUACACCGCGCUGCCACUUCCUGAUGACAGGGUACACACCGCUGACUGUCGAGCGUCAGGCUAAUGCUAUCAGGAAAACAACUGUUUUGGAUGUUAUGAGACGGCUUCUGCAGGCCAAAAAUAUCAUGGUCUCAUCAUACGCAAGGACAAAGGAAGCAAGUCAGGCAAAAUACAUCUCCAUACUCAAUAUCAUUCAGGGCGAAGUUGAUCCCACUCAGGUCCAUAAAAGUCUACAGAGAAUACGAGAAAGAAAGCUAGCUAACUUUAUUGAAUGGGGACCUGCAAGCAUCCAGGUGGCUUUAUCUAGGAAGUCACCAUAUGUUCAAACUGCACACAGGGUUAGUGGUCUAAUGUUGGCGAGCCACACCAGUAUUCGCCACCUUUUCAGCAAAUGUAUCAGUCAGUAUGAAAAACUGAGAAAGAAGCAGGCGUUUUUGGAUAAUUAUCGCAAGUUUCCUAUGUUCGCAGACAACGACCUAUCAGAGUUUGAUGAAUCGAGAGAGAUAGUUCAAAACCUUGUAGAUGAGUACAAAGCGUGCGAAUCUGCGGAUUACAUUAAGUGGGGCAUGGAGGAUCGAGGAAAGCAGGUAUCCGGUGAAGGGAAUACCAGUGGGACCGUGGAUUCAAGAGUAGGUGCCUCGUAAAAGCUCGAUAUGUAAUGCCUCGUUUUUAUAUCCUACCAGCCAAUGUGUAGUGGAACGAAGUUAGGAAGUGUCGUAGUCUGUAAAUUUAGGUUCCUGGAUUUGAAUACCCUUCACGUCUCAUACAGUAAAGGCGUAGUAUGUAUUUCACACAUCUGGUCUGAGCACGGAGUAGAAUUUAUUUUUACUUUGGGAUAUUCUUAAAUCGUUUCUUAAGUCAAAUAGGAUACCCAAACACCUGUUUUUUAAAAAAUUAUUCCUUCUGAAUCAAGACCAUUUUCAAUAUCUACGAAGAUAGAGCUUCUCCACUGCUGCCAAGCAUGAAGGCGUGGACCUAGGACCAAAGGAGAUGAGAAAGUACCAUCAUUUGUUUCACAAUGUCGAAGAUGCUUGAGCUGGUGGUUGAUGUUAUCACAAACCACGCACAAAUCGCAGGAUUGUGGUCACUUCUGCAUCUCUUGUUUCAUUGCGCCUUGGCAAUGUGGUUUCAGGAAGUCGACAAUGUUACUUUUCUUACACUAGACUGUAUCAACUGCAUGUGAUUAUGCUGAACCCUCGUAUUUUAGAUUAGGUGCGUGAGAAGUUGGUAAUUCAUUGCCUUCAUCUCCAACGCCCACUCGCGACUAGGAGUCUUGACAUGCACGAUGUGGUGAUGCUAGCCUAUUAAAAUGUGUCCCGAAUUUACUCAAAGUAUGCAUUAAAAUAGACUGCAGAUGGGUUACCUGGGGUUAGAUUCAUGGCCUCCGAUAUGUGUCCCACUUGAUCGGGCUUAAAACACGGGUCACGCACUUAGACAGGUGAUGAACUCCAAUCACUGGAACGAAGAGAUACAAACAGGAUGAAAGGGAGAACUACAAUUGUGUGACCAAGCGGAGCAUGGUGAUGGCGACAAGCAGAUGCUAACAAUGGGCGAUCACGAUGUUUCACCACCCAGUGCAUUAGGUUUUGAAAUUGCUAGGUUCUAUGGUUUCAAUUCUGUUAUAAUCUUGGUGAAGUGAUAUGCCUUGGGUCGAAUCGGUCCAUGUGUAAUGGCACGUUUUGAUUCUUGAUUGUGGGGCAAAUUAUGUUAGUGGUUCUUCAAUGUGAUGCGGUCCAGACAAUACUAUUAGAGUUAGUAUCUGAUUCUGGUAGUGAACAAUAACUCCAAUAGUUUCAGCACAUUUCAGAGACUGAUUUAAUAAUAAUUUCAACAGCAA